UGGCCCGAUGCGAAUUCGUGCGAUGUCGGUACUAGAGCGAAGGUCUUCCUCCACGAGUCUACGCGGUAAAACGCAACAUUUUCUUGUUCUUCCUCGAGCAGCAAGUUGUCGCGUUGCAAAAGGGGGGGGUCACCUCCACCAACCUCCUGCAAAAGAUAGAUUAAUACUUUUCAUCACUUCUACAACAGCAACAUGAGCUUUGAGUUCCUAGCCUAGGAGAAAUCAAUACAAACCGUUAGGACCCACGUUCUUGUUGAGAAAGAAAUCAACCGCGUUUAUUCUGGUUACCUGACCAAGAUGUUGGCCUCCGAUGACGCCUACAAUCAGGCGCUCACGGAUCCGACGUUCCAGCACCACCGGUUCAUCAAAUUUGGCACUUUGAUGGCCAUAUCCUGUGCAAAAGUAUCGUACUCGUACAAAUGCAAGAGCAAGUCUUGCAUUACAAAUCUUGUUUCCAAGGCAAAUCUGCAUUACAAAUUUUCUUUCUCAUGCUGAGGAAAUUUGUAAUGCAUUUAUACGAGUGCGAUACUUUUGCAAUGCAUAGGCCAACUGGUAUGAAGAGCUGGUUCUCCGAGAGCAGACAGGGCAAGGCCGAUACAUCCCACAGAGGCACUAUCGGAGUGUCAGGAUUGAAAUCGUCAAGGUUGAAAUAAUUUGCAAUGCAUAAAACGGAUACCAGCUGGAAGCCCACUUAUCAAGCGGCGCAUGACAAAUUUUUGGAUCACCCGAAUCCAAUUUGUCAUGCUGUUUGGGCACAGAAGACUGCUUUCGUCGUGCUCUUUUAGCAGUUCUACCCCAAGCCCUAAAUAGGCUCACAACCUGCCCCACUUGCCAUCCCGGCAAGACAGGCACUUCAUGCCUUGCCUUCUAUGCAUGACAAACCAUUUGUUCAACUUUGUCGAUUUCAAACCUGACGCUUCCAUAGGCACGUCAGGCGGAGUGGACUCUUAAAGGACUUUACCAAGGUAUAGAAGACUUCUACACGUGGCUGGUAGUUGCAAUAGUGCAUGACAAUAAAUCCGGUUUUUAUAAUACCGUGACUUAGCAUGACAAACCGCAGUUGUCGUGCUGAGCAAAUUUGUAAUGCCAUCAAUACAACAACUAGUCCAGCUCCAGUACGAUUACAAUACUUUUGCAAUAGCAAUUCAUAGAUACCAUCAUCAUCAUCAUCAUCAUCAAAACCCAACCUCUACAACAGAAACCGAGUGAGGUAAAAGAAACAGAUGACACCUUCCAGAGGGUAUACGGGCACAGGGUAGUACGCCAUGGUGAAAUGCAGCGGGGUCGUGAUACUGCUCAGGUUUUGAUCGUACGUGCCUUUUCCUCGGGCAAUUUACUCAUAGAAGGCAAUGUUGAAGACAGUUGUCUUCGUCUAACAUUUUCAUUCAGUCUCAAAACGCAUGGACAACUUGUGCAUGGGACGGAGGCCAAACCGACGGCAAUUUUUCAGCUUGUGCUUUGAUUGAUCGCAUUCAAAACCAAGAGAGCAGGAGCACCGUGCAGUUUUUUUCCUUUCCAUAGACGUACGACAAGCUGGAAAGGUCAAGCGGCGAAACGGGGAAGUUUUUCGUAUAACUCAUUGCUUUCCCUGGGCGUUUUUGAUGAGUGUGCAAUGCAUAAAAAGUAGAAGCGAAUGAUCAACAAUGCAGCUGCAGAUCCAACUUGUCAUGCGUAGUUAAGAUUGAGUAGACAAAGCUGAGUAUUUUGUUUGUAGUGCUUCUCAAAAAUAAUCUAAACCCAGCGAGAAGGCAACCUCGACGCGCACGCAGAAGACAACUUUAGUUCCGCCGGUCCAAGUAUGCAUUGCAAAAGUAUCGUACUCGUAGCAAUGGCAGUCAUGCGUCGUGACAGAUCUAUUUUUUUGUACCCUAUCCAACAUUACAAAUUUCUAUUUCAUUUUUCAUGCUGACCGCAUUUGUGAUGCGAUUUCUGCUACUUAUUACCAUGCUUUUACAGCGGAUAGCAAGAGAGCUGCAACAUGCCGACAAGGCAGUUGAGUUCGCAGAGCAGUAUAUGAAGGAGGUAGAGCAGGUCGAGAAAGACAAGUGUAUUUUUCCCUUCCCAACAACAACGACGCAGGACAUGGUGCCAAGGAGUAUUGAAAUUUUGAUUUUUUCAAAGUGAAGAUCAUUGUUUUGCUACAUCUACAUGCAUCAUGUUGACGGUGCGCAAUAAUUCCAAAUGCUUGUGCUCGUUGUAGGUAGUGCAUGACAGACGUGAAGAUGAUUUCUCUGUGUCUUGUGCAUGAGAAGGGGCAUCGAAACUGCGAAGUUGAAUCGAAAAUCCAAUCCUAUCACAGUGGAAGCCACAAGGCGGGUUGCGGAGCCGUUGAGAACAAGAAGUGACGUGAAAACCACGGUGAAGUACGCCACUGACGUGCCAAUUACAUUCUACUCCGAGCAGCUGAAAUCAGCAAAAUGUACAGCUUUUGUUUUUGUGAUGUUGACUGUUGCGCACUCUCUCAGCAUGAUGAGAAACGGAAUUUCACCUAAAGAACGAGAUUUGGAAUGCAUGAACGAGAUUCAUCUAUGAACGACUGUGAUACUUUUACAGCACAGGAUAAAAAAGUAAACACCAAAACAGCCUACAUCCGGUCUUCCCUGAAUGCGUCUGCCGCACUAUCACUGGAAAAAAACGCGUUAACGGAUACGGAAAAAACAAAAUUUCAAUUUGUGAUGCAAAAACGCUCACGCGAGCGAAUUUGUAGCCUAGAAAUUUGUGUUUUGCCUAGCACGCAUGACAACCAGAACCUGUCAAUGUCAUGCCUGGCUGCAAUGUGCGAUCUAAACUGCCGACGUUAACGCUUUACCCCCUGAUACGCAACCGGCCACCACGCGUUCGGAAAGAAUUCUAGUUUCAGCUGCCACACGUCAUUUAUGCGUUGCAAAACUGAUAUCGUGCUACUGCUAGUAAUCUGGAUUGUUUCUCAAAAUAGAAAUGGAAUCUGUCAUGCAGAGCAGUCAGGUACUAGCAAGGCGCAUCUACUGGUGUCAAUUAGUCAUACUACAAGCACGGUACCUUUUGCACACAGGUGGAUAUCAUUAGCCAAGGUAAAGACGAGUCACAAGGUGCACGAAGACAAUCUCAUGUUCGAAAAGGCAGAGAAGAACCUGCCAAACAUUGGACAGCCAACGGACGACGAAGCAGUAGUGGCGGGAAAGGUGCCAGUAGCGGCAUCGCUAGUGGAAUUGAAAAAGGGGUUGGUAGACGGCUUGAAGGCGGGAAAGGAAGGUGCUAAAGUUGUUGAACUUUAAGUUUUUUUGAUGUGACGAUUUAUCCUUGAGAAUUGAGAACGAAAAAGAAAUUAUGUGCAUGAGCAAGUGCUUUUCAUUUCUUUCGUAGAUCUACACAUGAUAUCACAUUCUGAUGCUAAAAAUUAUGGUCCAUCUCAGGCCCCUUCUGUCUGGCGAAGCUCCGGUGUGUCUUGAAAUCCAUCGCGGACAGCGACAAUUUUGUUCCCUGCGCGGCCGUAGUGGAGUUGAUUGGGGGUAUCGGCGGCGAGGUCGUCAAGCUCAGCCACUUAUGCAUUGCAAAAGUAUUCUCGUACUCGUAUAAAUGCAUUACUUACAAAUUUUCAGCAUAAGAAAUGAAAUUUGUAAUGCGGCUUUACGUCAAUAAAAAGACUUGUAAUGCAUGACUCCAAUUACUAUGAGUCGUGCGAUACUUUUGCACAGGAUGCCACCUCCUCGGCGGCAUGCGGAUCAAUGCGGACGUGAAUUUUUUCUCCCUGUUAGAAUCCAUCCGGCCGGCAGUGCGGAAAGGAGGGGAACGAGAAGUGUGGAUAGACGGUAGAAUUUUUUUUUUUGUAUGCGAACUGCAAGUGUUUGAUUGAAAUAGCGAAGCGUGCAGGACAUUGACAGGAGCUUCUAGCUCUAGCAUGAGAUUUUGUUUCCUUUAAUUCCAAAAUAAGCGAAACAUGAAAAAAAAUCAACAUCAGCGACCGUGGGCGAAGAUUGGACCAAAAUUGCCGCCGUCGCUGGCGAUGAGUACGCGAUUUCUAAUGCCGAGGAAGCGAGGACAUUUGCGCUGGAUGUGGCCUCGUGCUGUGCGGAUCUGCCGGAGUUGAAGUCUGCGUUGGGAAUGUGAGGUGACGGCUUCUUGAUAGGAUGGAGAAGUGCAAGCACAGACAUUGUUUUCUACUUUUGAAAAAGACAACGCCACAUCAAGCAAGCAGAGGACUUGAAUCGUACGACCAUACCUGAGACUACUAAUAUCGAAAAGCCGAUGUUUUACCUGUUAUUUGCGCUAAUAUAUAUAAUCAGAAACAGACACGAUACGCUGAUACAGCUAGACACAACGCAGCGGCUUCAUCUGAGCCGCUCGCGAAGCUCCACCAAGGACCUGUUAGAGUUUAAUCAGACACAGCUAUCAGAGCUGACACGACACAAAAACAGUUUACUGGAAUUAGAGUGAUACGGAAAUAGACAAAAAUAGAUCAGACUUUUUCUCGAUAAAUCAGACAAAUACGAAAGUGCUGCGCUAGAUUCGCGCCCAGAAGUGGUCUAGCAGCAGCUGUUGACAAGCUUGAAGUUUAAUCAGACAAUUUCAAACCCAGCUAUUAAGCUACCGGAUUUAUCAGACACGACCAGCUUGAAUUUAAUAUCAACAAACGAACAAUUCCUGUACAGUUGAAGAAGGCAGAGGUCCUGUACUCCUAAAGCGUGGUUUCUGUGCGAAACCACGAGUCCGCCGCUGCCUGAUCGAAUGAAUUUCUGUAUUUCUGUACAAAUUUUGUGAAAAUAUUAAAUGCAGCGGUGAGAUGAACAAAUCAAUGCAGUUGUAACAAAUGCACCUCACCUGCAGGCCUUUUUUCCAU